ACGAUAUAUCGGAACACCACAAUACAUAAGUAAAUACACUUUUUAAAUGGCAACAUUUAUUUAAAAUGUCACCACGUCUCAAAAUAUCGAGCUAUGUUAUUGAGAGGCUAUCUAAGAUAGAUACAAAUGAAAGUACAGGAUGUCUCUUCGGACUUAUGUACGAUGGCACUUUACUAGUUGUAGGUUUGAGUUUAGAAUUAUUUGAAAAUGACAAAAACACAUACAAUCAACUUCUUCUUAACCUUCCUGCUGAGGUAGAAUUAUGUGGAGCAAUAAAGUUUGAUGAUACAUUAACUAUGGGAUCAAAACUGAAAGAAAUUUUACAUGAUGUUGACAUAACUGAUAAUCCUUUGGUGAUCACACUAAAUGAUAAUAGAGAUAUGAAAGUACACUUUCUAGUGCAUGAGAAGUUUGAAGAAACCAAAUAUGAAGUAAUGGAAUCAAAUGAUUUAUGGAAAGAGUUUCUUCAUGUCCGUCUUAAUACCACACUCCCUAUAACUUGUGAAGCAACAAUAGCAGGUGUGAAAAGCAUUCUUCAAACAAAAAGAAAAAGAAUAGCAUCAGGGCAAGUGUCUUUUAAUGUUGAUGGCACAUCUGUUUACUUAUUUGGAGUGGCUUCAGAUGUCGGAUUAACUGGUACUAGUACAGAAUUAACAAUUGGUGAAUUAGUGGAUUCUUUGAACCCUGGACAAUCUUCCAAAAAGAAAAAGCAGCUUGUUAAUACUGUGGAAGCUGUACCGGUAAGUUUAGUUAUGAAGACAACUAAAGAUAUUUUAUCAGAAAAAUUGGUUAAAACUGCAGUUAAGAUGAUGACAACACAACGAAAACCUGCAUUCUGUAUUAGCAUGCCAUUGAAAAUAGACACAUUGGCUAUGAUCAACAGAAACACGAAGUUACUUGAUUUAUACACAGUUUUGGUGGAAGCAUCCUGUCGAUCCCUUAGACUUUUGGAAAGUGUACUGUUAGAACAAUUAGGACAAGAAGGUAUUGGAGAUGGAGCUGGGCUACGACUACCAGAGACAUUUCAUUAUUUACCUCCGGAAAUUGGUCAUUUUAUUACAAGGAUAGUGCCAAAAGGAAUACCUGAUGAGAGUAUGGAGAACGAGAGGCGGGCACUACAUAAACAGUUGGCCUUACCACUAAAGAAACCAACAUUCCGUCGAGGCAACUCUUAUUUUGAUAAAAGUUGUGGACGUCUGAUGAAUCCUCAUGAAUAUGUUCCCGUUCAACUGUCAAAGCCUGAUGUCACUGUUUCUAUAGUACGUGGACGUUAUGCCUAUUACCACUACAUGCAAGACAAUUUUAACGACGAUGGAUGGGGAUGUGCAUAUCGCUCAAUGCAAACUAUUUUUUCUUGGUUUAGAUACCAAGGUUAUACUGUAGUGGAUGUACCUACACAUAGAGAAAUUCAGCAGUGCCUUGUUAAAAUUGGAGAUAAACCUUCAUCAUUUAUUGGUUCUAAGCAAUGGAUAGGCUCCACAGAGGUCAUGUUUUGCUUAGAAACCCUCCUCGGGGUACAGUCACGGAUCUUGUUUGCAAAUACUGGUUCAGAACUACAAAGUUACGCACCUGAACUAGUUCAUCACUUUCAAACACAUGGCAGCCCAAUUAUGAUCGGUGGAGGUGUCCUCGCACAUACUAUACUGGGUGUCGAAUACAACUCUAUAACCAACGAGACGCGAUAUCUUAUAUUAGAUCCCCAUUAUACAGGCGCUGAAGACAUCUCGGUGGUAGUAAACAAAGGAUGGUGUGGUUGGAAAAAUUCCGAUUUCUGGAAUAAAUCAGCUCAUUACAAUUUAUGUUUGCCGCAAACAAAAGCUUCUAUAUGAAUAAAUAUAAUCCAUAGCUUCCCUUAUAGCCGAAAUCCGAUUUUAUUUUUUAACUUGUAAUUAUUUUCUAUAAAUAAUAUAAUUAUGUAUGUCCAUUUUAUUUAGAAAUUAAUGAGCUGUGAUAAUCGGCUUUUAAGGGCAAUCCUAUUCCACAUAAAUGCAUUUUUGAAUUUACAUCUUUAUCUAUUUUAUCAUUAAUUUAUAAACAACUUUGCAAAAAGUUUUAAAAUAAGUAAAACGGUCAAACACACUGUUGAUGAUUGAAAUGGUGGAGGUCGAUAUAAUCAAAAUAACAAGUAUUAUCUCAAAAUAUUGUGGUUGUGUGUACAUUUCAUAAGGUUUAGUUGCAUAUUUAUUUGAAAUAAGACACCAACAUAACGUGGCCCUCAGGCUCAGGCUCUGGGUCUUGUAUAUUUAGAGGAAUUUAAGACUAUAUCCAGAAUUACGGACGUUAAACACGUUUCGCGUUGAUCUUAAAUAAUUAAAACGUUUGCAAUGUUGAACUUAAAAUCACUCUUUGCGCUUUCAACAUAGAAUUCUAUUUGCCAUUAUAUAUGUUAGAACACAGAAUCUGCACAAAAUUCGUCAUCAAAAUGCAGAUUUAUUAUUGUAUUCGAUUUUAUGGAGCACUGUAUUUAAAAUAGAUGUGCUCACCCACCAAUUUAAAAAUAUCACAUCAAUAUGAAGAGUUUGAAUAACUGUUGAUAAAGUUCAUAAUUUGUCCUUUGCUGUAUAUUUAAUUCAUGCCAAGUAUAUAUUUUCAAAUGUAACAAGUAUUGGAGGAAUGUAUGUUAAAUGGAAUUGUUAUAUUUUGUACCUUAAAUUAUAAUUAAAAUAAAGUUUCUUUUUUAUGCAACAA